CCUCGUUUCAUUGGCCCAUUCGCUUACCCAUGUCACUAUACGCAAGGGGUUACGGAUGACAUGUAUCUUACAUAUGAGUUGUGGACUGGUAUUUGUAGCGUUAGCUCGACUAUAUACAUACAUGACGAUAAUGGAGUAACACUGUCCACUGCUUGUCUUCCAGGUACAAGGAAUUCAGUGAAGCAUAGCCGCUAAGCGAAGUGUGUCACUUACACGGAAGUACAAACGUCCUUCACCUGGCGGCGACAUCAAAACAGUUUGAUUGCAGGUAUACACAGGUGAGCUGCGAACAUGACCGAAACAAACGGUAAGAAGGCCAGUUUGAAAGAGGAUGAACUACUAGAGAAGUUUCUUCAACUCAGGAAGGAGGGUCUGAGCAAGGGUUUGACCGACGAUGAAAUAAGUAAAGUGUUUAAACAAAACAAACCAUGGACAUGGAAAGGGUUAAUGUCCAACUCGGUCUUCCAGAGUCAGAUGCUGUUAGUGCUAACGGCAGUCGUUAUCGCCACGAAAUUCGGCGUCAAGGAUGUCGUGGAGGGGUAUGUGUACGACUCCAAAUGUCUUAUAUCAAACAACCCUUUAUUUUCUGAGAUGGCGCGACCUUUAGCUGAUUGCAACAUCUGCAGAGGUCUGACAUCCGUCCCUGUCGAGAGAGCUAUAUCUACGGAGAGGUUUGUGGAAAAGUAUGCCUACUCGAAAGUGCCUGUUCUCAUCAAAGAAGGGACAAGUAACUGGACUGCGAUGGAGACGUUUAGCUUCCACUUCUUCAAGGAGCUGUACACGGGCACAAAGGGGGCACUACUAUCAGUGGAAGAGGAAUGUCAGUUUUUUCCAUACAAGACAGAGUUUGACACCCUGGCAGAAGCGUUUAAUAUGUCAGACGAGCGUGCCGCUUUACAACAUGGGGAAGGUCCUUGGUACUUCGGAUGGAGUAACUGUCACCGGGAGGUUGCAGCCAAGCUGCGCAGUCACUACCAGCGUCCCUACUUCCUGCCCAACGACUCCGAGUCCAGCACCUUAGACUGGAUCUUCAUGGGGGGCCCGGGAGUGGGCGCUUUCAUUCAUCUGGACAGUGUGAUGCGGCCAUCGUGGCAGGCACAGAUCUCCGGGGCCAAGACGUGGCAGCUGAUCCCCAGCCCUGAGUGCGAGUCUGUCUGUCACUCCAUGAACGUCACGGUGAACAAAGGGGACAUAAUCGUGGUCGACACCAACGAGUGGUACCACUCCACCUUCAUCCACCCUGGCGAGCUCAGCAUCACCAUCGGCUCCGAGUAUGACUAGUGCCGACACUUGCAGUGCAAACUGGGAUGGGGGUGGGUGGGUGGGUGGGGGUGUGUUCUAUAGGGCGGGAUGAUGGGAAGCGUGUUUUGGAGGGCGGGAGGAUGGGAAUUGUGUUCUGUAGGGCUGUUGGGGCGCGAAAACGUGUUCUGUAGGGAUGGGAAUCGUGUUCUGUCGGGGCUGUAGGGGCGGGAAGCGUGUUCUGUGAGCUGGGCGUUUCCUGUCUCAACCACGUGUCAGGAAUUCAUUGAGUCUCAUUGGGGUAGGAGGUUAUCAGGGCAAAAGGGUUAAUUUCUGAGGUUCGGCACCGAUGCUGGAACGGGUCUGCGGUGAUUGCUUCCAUGGUAGCCUAUUUAUUGUCAACUUUGCGGGUACCAAAUUGAAUAAGUCUUAUUUCAAACUACAUGCCUGAAACAUAUAGAAAUAUAGGACUAGAAUCAAAUAUGACCUAGUGAGAAAGUAACACUUUAGAUGGUAAAGUAGAUCAGGACUAUGUACAUUGGACAAGAGAUAGAAAAUAAAAAAUACAUUACGCUCAUUUUAUGAGUGUAUAUUCUAAAAACUACUUUGAAUGUUCUUAAAAUUUAGAUACCAUUGUCAGCGACCUUGAAUGUCUGUCACAAAUACCCGUAUAUCAUCGACUGCUUGAA